UCCCGGUCGCGCGGUGGCUCCUGGGUGCCGCACGCCUUCCCUUUCCUCGCCUCUCCCCUCCCCUCCCCCCUCCCGUCCCCACCCCCUCGGCCGCUCCGCUCCCUGGCGUGACUCGGCACUGAGAGUCCCGGAGAAGGCGCCGCGGUCGUCACCUCCUGCGUUCAGGCCUCGGCCUCUCUGAGCCUCUCCCCUUCCUCUCCCGGGUCUUCUCCUUCAGUUUUGAAGCCGGUGGCGUCGCGGCCGCCCUGCCGGGCUAAGAAUGGUGGGAGUGAAGCCGGUCGGGAGCGACCCAGAUUUCCAGCCGGAGCUGAGCGGCGCGGGCUCCAGACUCGCCGUGGUCAAGUUCACCAUGCGAGGGUGUGGACCAUGUUUAAGGAUUGCCCCGGCAUUCAGUUCUAUGAGUAAUAAGUAUCCACAGGCAGUGUUCUUGGAAGUUGAUGUACAUCAGUGUCAGGGAACAGCUGCCACCAACAAUAUAUCAGCAACACCUACAUUUCUGUUUUUUCGAAACAAAGUGAGAAUUGAUCAGUAUCAAGGAGCAGAUGCUGUUGGAUUAGAAGAAAAAAUCAAGCAGCACUUAGAAAAUGACCCUGGAAGCAAUGAGGACACAGAUAUUCCAAAAGGCUAUAUGGAUUUAAUGCCUUUUAUUAACAAAGCUGGCUGUGAAUGUCUUAAUGAAAGUGAUGAGCAUGGAUUUGACAACUGUUUACGAAAAGAUAUGACCUUCUUGGAAUCUGAUUGUGAUGAACAGCUGCUUAUUACUGUGGCGUUUAAUCAACCUGUUAAGCUUUAUUCAAUGAAAUUUCAAGGGCCAGAUAAUGGUCAGGGUCCUAAAUAUGUAAAAAUUUUUAUCAAUCUACCCCGGUCUAUGGAUUUUGAAGAAGCAGAAAGAAGUGAACCAACUCAAGCUCUGGAACUAACAGAGGAUGAUAUUAAAGAAGAUGGCAUUGUCCCACUUCGUUAUGUUAAGUUUCAGAAUGUUAACAGUGUAACUAUAUUUGUUCAGUCCAAUCAAGGUGAAGAAGAAACAACAAGAAUUUCAUAUUUUACUUUUAUUGGUACUCCAGUCCAGGCAACAAAUAUGAAUGACUUCAAACGAAGAAUACACAUUGGCAAGUUGAGAGUUAUCAACCUGUGAAACAGUAGUUGGCAAAAAAGGAGAAAGUCACUAAGGUACAAAAGACACUGGAAGACCAUAUUGCAAUCAGAUCUACAGCUCCUGGAUAAUUGCUUGAUUCUCAUCAGAGACUGUCAAUAUUCCAUUCAUUGCCAUUACCAAUAAAUCAUUGCUUUUGUUCGGAUGGUAUCACUAGUGUUUUUAUUGUAAUCUUGAUACAUGCAAUUGUAAAUAAAAGUCACUACUUUUGCCAAGCUUAAUUUUUGUCAUUCUAAAUAAGUAUUUUCUCUUUUCAUUUAUCUGAAAAUUGGCCCACUUCUGACUUUCGAAGAGACUUAGUCUAGUCUGGUAGCAUGUUGAUUGAAAGCCAGUUUUUCUCUUUAGGGGAGCAAGACUGUCUUAAGGAAUUAAGGAGUGAGUGUGCUGUGCUCAUGCACAUACACAGAGCAAGUGAUUUCGAUAAACGGACUUGGAAUAGCUAAGUAUGUUAAAAUGAGUACUAAUUCAUGUUUAUUAAACAUUUGGGUAUGCGGGCUAUAGAAAGUACUCAAAUUAUAACCUACCAGAAAUAAACAAGUUUAAUGAGAUUUAACUGUUCUCACUUAAAACUGUUAAUGGGACCACAGAUUUUAAUCCCUUCUGGAUGACCUUUAAAAAUUUGAGUUAGCCAUUAUCCUUACUGUUGAAAUCUGACCAUGGGGGAAAAGACAGUACUGGGAAUUCAUGCAGCAACAGGACUUAAUAUUUUUAAUCAAGUAUUUAUUACCUUAGCUGCCAAAAGAUGCAGUGUUAAUAUACAGAGAACAUGAUUUAAAGUUAACAAAUUUGCCAAAUUGUGUGUUUGAAAGUUGUUUCACAAAAGGCUAGCAAAACAAAAUGUGUUCCUUACUACUCUUUUUAAUCUUAUAACUAAUCUAGAAAGUAUUGGUAAAUUGAAUUUUUUAAUUUCUCUUUAAAAUUAAAACUUAAUUUAAAUAUCUCUGAAUAUUAAAAAUUCAGUGUUUGAAAAGAGUACAUAGACUAUUUUGAUUCAGUUAAUACCUUUGAGGGCAUUUUUGUAUAGGAAUGUGGUUGAGACAGCAUUUUUACCUUUGGGAGACCAAUGUAUUUAUAUGCAUUUAUGGAAAAAAUUAUGCAGAAGUUUUUGUGUUAAAAUAGUCACUUUCUAAAAUGCCCUGUGUCAUUACAUGGUGUUUAGUUCUUCUCUAUGUAAGCCUAUUAACUGGUCUGUGAUGAUGUCUAUAUACUUAUGUAUUUCAUAGUUACUUGCCUUGGGUCAAAUGGAGGGGGAAAGGCAAGAAAUAAAGUUCAUAACAUUCCUUAAUAUA